GCGCACCGAGGGCCCGGCCGCAGCGCGGCGCCGGGGGGAAGCUCCCGAGCUCGCCAUUUCCCUGCAUGAGGCGGUUGGCACCACUGGAGAGACCGAAUGAGAGACUCUACAGCGGUGGGUAAUUCACUGGUCCAUAAGCGGUCUCCUUUACGUCGAAGUCAUAAGGCAUCAGCAUCCUCACCCAAACUGUCGUUACGUGAUGGACAGAAAGCCAAAAAGCCACUGUGUAAAUUUGAAGAAGGUCAGGAUGUCCUAGCUAGAUGGUCAGAUGGCUUGUUUUAUCUUGGAACUAUCAAAAAGAUAAACAAACUGAAACAGAACUGCUUCAUUAUAUUUGAGGACAGUUCCAAGUCUUGGGUUCUCUGGAAGGACAUACAAACAGGAGCCACUGAAAGUGGGGAAAUGGUCUGUACAAUAUGUCAGGAGGAGUAUUCAGAAGCACCGAAUGAAAUGGUUAUCUGUGAUAAAUGUGGGCAAGGUUAUCAUCAGCUGUGUCACACACCAAAUAUUGAUUCCAGCGUGAUAGAUUCAGAUGAUAAAUGGCUCUGUCGACAGUGUGUUUUUGCGACAACAACGAAGAGAGGUGGUGCGCUUAAGAAAGGACCAAAUGCCAAAGCACUGCAAGUCAUGAAACAGACUCUACCGUAUAAUGCAACAGACCUUGAGUGGGAUGCGGGUCAUAAAACCAAUGUCCAGCAGUGUUACUGCUAUUGUGGAGGACCUGGAGACUGGUAUCUAAAGAUGUUGCAGUGCUGCAAAUGUAAGCAGUGGUUCCACGAGGCUUGUGUGCAGUGCCUCCAAAAGCCAAUGCUUUUUGGUGACAGGUUUUAUACAUUCAUUUGCUCAGUUUGCAGUUCUGGACCAGAAUACCUCAAACGUUUACCCUUGAGAUGGGUAGAUAUAGCACAUCUAUGCCUUUACAACCUAAGUGUUAUUCAUAAGAAGAAAUACUUUGAUUCAGAGCUUGAACUCAUGGCAUACAUAAAUGAGAACUGGGAUAGAUUACAUCCUGGUGAGCUGGCAGAUACACCAAAAUCUGAAAGAUAUGAGCAUGUACUGGAGGCAUUAAAUGAUUACAAGACCAUGUUUAUGUCUGGAAAAGAAAUAAAGAAAAAGAAGCAUUUGUUUGGCUUGAGAAUUCGUGUUCCUCCUGUGCCACCAAAUGCUGCUUUAAAGGCUGAGAAAGAACCAGAAGGAACUUCUCAUGAGUUCAAAAUUAAAGGCAGAAAAUCAUCCAAACCAAUCCCUGAUGUGAGGGAAUUAAGUAAUGGUAUAGAAAGAAAGGGGAAAAAAAAAUCAGUAGGUCGUCCACCUGGUCCCUAUACAAGAAAAAUGAUUCACAAAACUCCAGAGUCGUCUCCUCUGGAUACUGAACCAGUUCCAGUGAUAGAGACCCCAGCAUUGGAAUUACCCUGCUCUGUUGGGAAAUCCGAUGGAACUGCACAUUCGUCCAAUACCUCAGAUGUGGAAUCCACAGGUGCUGCCAGUAUAAAAGAAACUACCUCAUCUAGCAUAUCCAGACAUUAUAGUAGUUUAUCUGAUUCAAGAAAAAGGACUCGUACAGGAAGAACUUGGCCUGCUGCAAUACCACAUUUGAGAAGAAGAGGUCGCUUUCCACGAAAAGCACUCCAGACUCAAAAUUCAGAAAUUGUAAAAGAUGACGAGAGCAAGGAAGAUUACCAGUAUGAUGAACUCAAUACGGAGAUACUUAACAAUUUAGCAGAUCAGGAGUUACAGCUCAAUCAUCUAAAGAACUCUAUUACUAGUUAUUUUGGUGCAGCAGGUAGAAUAGCUUGUGGUGAAAAGUACCGUGUUUUGGCUCGUCGGGUGACACUUGAUGGAAAGGUGCAGUAUCUUGUGGAAUGGGAAGGAGCAACUGCAUCCUGACUGUAGGACUGAAUAUUAUGUUCACUGCACUGUCAUCUGUAAGUACAGCUCAUAAUGCAGAGCCAUGAGAGAAGUGUGUCUUUAAAUGUUUCUAAAAACAAAACAAAACCAAUUUAGCCUUAACAUGUAAUUGUUAUCAUUACAGCUCUUGUGAUAAAAGACUUAUCUUUUUAAAAUCUGAUCUGAAACUUAAAUUUUUUAAUCUGAACACUGUUAGAUUGUUUUAGGUUGGGAUAUUUUGGGUUACAAUUGCUUAAAAAUGUGCAUGGUGUUUUAAAAAAAAGACGUUUUCUAGAGAACAUUCCAUGGAUACAGUUAUUGUGAUUUAGAGAAAUAUUAUGUAGAUAGCACAAAUCUUUGAAAUUUUUUUGGUUUGUUUUCUUACCCAAAUGUUUGCAGAAAUGUAUUUCUAUUUCAAUACUUUCUAGAUUUCAUAAGUGCAGUGUAUAUAAUGCCUACUGAAGACUGUAAAAUACUGAAGUUUUCUUUCAAACAAAGUGUAAAAAAAAAAAAAAAAAAAAAAAAA